GGAAACAGGAGUGGGCAUCCGCUGUGCUGCAAGAAGAAGAAACUUCGAGGAAAGAUGCACGAAGAGGAGGAUGGCAGCGAGGCGCACUCCUGCACGGCUUCGCGAUUCGUGAACUCCAGGUCCGUGGAUGUGGCCGACAUCGAGGGAGCGAAGGAGCAGGCCUCCAAACUGUGCGGCUACUUGAACAAACUAUCCGGCAAGGGGCCCUUGAGGGGGUACAAGCCGAAGUGGUUUGUGUAUGAUCCGAGGAAAUGCUAUUUGUAUUACUUCAAGUCUCCCCAGGAUGCCCUGCCGCUCGGACACAUCGAAAUAUGCGAUGCGUGUUUCAGCUACGAUUUGGACGGGGAAGAGGGUCAGUUUGAGAUCCGCACGGCCGACAAAGAGUUUCUACUUAAGGCUCCCAGUAAGCAGGUGAUGCACUACUGGCUGCAGCAGUUGCAGCAGAAACGUUGGGAGUACAGUAACAUGCGAGGCACUGGUCAGAGAGACAGCUGGAACUCCCCGACGCUGGCCUAUCCUCACACCGGCCUUGUAGGCAAAGAUAAUGAUGCUUUCAGCUUUGAGAAGCCAUGUGAAACCAUGGAGAAGGUCCGCAGUGAUUUUUCCAUGGACGACGAAACAGAGGGCGCUGGAAUGGUGGGAGCCCAGACAGCCAGAGGGCCCUCCACGAACCCCCUCAAUUUCUCCCUGAAAAACUUUGGCACGGAGCUCAGGAACUCCAUGUCUCACCUGCGUGGGGGACGACGCAGCGUGUUUUACACUAGCAACAGUCCCUCGGAGGAAUGGGAGCUCGUGGAUCCGCCAAAGGACUUUACUGAACAGAAACAUCAUCCGGACACACACAGACAUUCCUUUGGAUCGGCGUUUACCUUUGAUUUUGUGCGCAACCCCUCGCGGCCUAAGAAGCUUUUGCUGGGCUCUGGAAAGUUAGGCCGCAGUGCCGAAAGCUCGCCGGUGGAAUGUAACGGCAGCAAGUCUUUGGAAAUGCAGCUUCGCCUCCAGAGCCAGCAGCAGCAGGAAGAACUGAGUCGCUUGCAGCAGGAAGAGGCUAAACUCAAGGAAGAGCUGGCCACCCAGAAGGACAGUCUUCAAGGCUACAAAUCCCAGAACAAGUUCCUGAACAAAGAGAUCCUGGAGCUGACGGUGUUGCGCAGAAAUGCAGAGAGUCGAGAAAAGGCUUUAGAAGCAAAGUGUACGGCGCUUGAGGCCAAGCUGUGUCAGGUGGAGAGUAAGUACUUGGUUCUGCUUCAAGAGGUGAAGAACCCGGUAUGUUCGUCUUCAGAGCAGAGCCCAGCCCGGGAGGUCAUCUCCAGAUUGUUAGAAGAUGCACUGCAGGGCGAGAACACAGACCAGCAGGAGCACACGAUCUUCAAACCAAACACUGUCAGCGAGUAUGACGUGUACGGCUUCAAGACUGUCCCCGAGGAGGAGGAAGAGGAGGAGAAGCUGAUCGCAAAGGUGAGGGCCUUGGAGCUGAAGUCGCUGUCCAUGACGGAUCAGGAGGUUUCCGUCGGGGUCAAGUGGGAGAACUUUCUGUCCAGCACCAUGAACAGAGACCUGGUUCACUCCCCUGAGCUAAAGGCCCUGAUUCGUUGCGGCGUGCCACAUGGGCACCGCUCCAAGUUGUGGCGCUGGUGUGUUUCUUUCCACGUGAAGAAGUUUCGUGACCACUUGCCCCCAGACUAUUAUGACACCUUAUUAAACGUAGCAAGGGAGAAGCCCAACCCGGCCUCGAAGCAGAUCGAGUUGGACUUGCUGCGUACUUUGCCCAACAACAAGCACUAUGCCUCUCCGAGUGCAGGUGGCAUCCAAAAACUCAGGAACGUCCUGCUGGCUUUCUCAUGGAGGAAUCCAGAUAUCGGCUACUGUCAAGGACUGAACAGGCUGGCAGCAAUUGCCUUGCUCUAUUUAGAUCAAGAGGAUGCUUUUUGGACCCUUAUAGCUAUUGUGGAGGUCUUCAUGCCAAGAGACUAUUACACCAAGACUCUCCUUGGCUCACAGGUUGACCAGCGUGUGUUCAAGGAUCUGAUGAGCGAGAAGCUACCGCGGCUACACGCCCACUUUGAGCAGCACAAAGUCGAUUUUUCCCUCAUUACGUUUAACUGGUUCCUGGUGGUGUUUGUGGACAGCGUGGUGAGCGACAUCCUCUUCAAGAUCUGGGAUGCGUUUCUGUUUGAAGGACCAAAGAUCAUAUUCCGCUUUGCUCUUGCGCUCUUCAAGUACAAAGAAGAGGAGUUUUUGAAGUUGCAGGACUCCACGGCCAUCUUCAAAUAUCUCAGAUACUUCACACGCACAAUCCUGGAUUCAAGGAAGCUGAUGAGCGUUGCCUUUGUGGACAUGAACCCAUUCCCCAUGAGGCAAAUCCACAAUCGGCGCGCCUUCCACCUGGAGAAAGUCCGUCUCGAGCUGACGGAGCUGGAAGCGAUCCGACAGACCUUCCUCAGGGAGCGAGAGACGAGUCAGGAUAGAAGGAGCUUUGUCAGCGACGACGAGGAGGAAAACUGACCUCGGGCUUGUCGCGUUUCUAGGCCGAGUGGCUAAAGCACGGAGACAAAGAGAUCAUCUCCGCAGAGCGCCGCUGUUCUGCAGUGAUGAACGGAGCGCUUUCCCCACACCUAAUCGUUGGAGUUGGUCUCUGCAUCAGAGCUGGAACUAUCAACUUUAUACGUUUUUAGCAACAACCACAUCAAAAGAACAAAAUGUCACAAGCCCGAAAGGGCCUAUCAGUAUUAUCAGUAUUCCUGCCAUUUCUUUUUUUAAUUAAAUCUUGUAAAUCCUCUGUUUUCUGUACGCUUACGUGUUCAUGCAAUGGCCAAAACAACCUGCAGCACAAAUCAGUAUUUUCAAACAAAUGGCUGCGAUCCAUUUCCUUUUUAUAGCUGACUUUUAAAUGUGUUGAUGGAAUUAUUGUGUCAUUCAUUUGUGCUGUCAUCUUCUACACUCACACAAUUUUUUCCUCCACUAAAUUGCCACUGAGACGUGCGUGCACACAAAUCACUUAUGCUGAAAUGAAAACGUUGCUGAAACUUAAGUCUUAAGGCCUUCAAGCGUGUAUGUAACAUUUUCAGUUGAAGUUUCCUUCAAGGGAUGCGUCAAAAGCCACAUUUUCACGGUAUUAUCAGUUCUAGAAAGAGCAUCUGGAACUUGCUGAGCAGCAGUGCACUUUCUAUAAGCCAUCAAACUAACGUGAGCCAGUAUUGUCUGUUUUUUUUUUUUAAGCAUUAUUAGUUUAUUUUUAUCUGGGAGGUUUUUAUUGGCUAUCGAUUUUGCCAUUCGUGUUGUUGAAAGUAGUUUAGGAACUGUUCACGUUCUCACAAAGACAUAUCUAAAAAGUUGCACUGGAUUUAAUCAGUUGAGUAUCUGGUAUUGGCAGGAUCGGUUAAUCCAGUCACGCUGUUGUGGGUUACGCAGUUUUUGUAUGCUCUUGGUUUGUCUGUGUUUGUGUUACAUGUUUAAAUGGUCCAGUUUCCUUGUGCGCAAUUUGUUUUUAUUUGAGAUUUUUCUGAGCCCAAACCGCUGGUGUAAAUGCUGAUUGUAAUUGCAUUUGUUGUCCUCAGUGUGGCAGUGUGACAUUGGUUUACCUGGUAUUUACGCUUGGCUCACAGGUACCCUCCUCGCAGUUUGACUGCACUUGAAGUGGCUGUAAAGUCAUGAUGAUUGUUGUAUUAAAAGAAAAAAAAUGGAAAUAUGAUGUUAAAUAUAUGAGGGAAGCUUUUCACCGUAUUGCCAAAUAUCUCUGCCAUUUUCAUAAUCAGGUACUUCAAAGUUUCCUCUUCACUGGGAUCUCCUGUUUCGUACAGCAGCGUGGAGGAAAGCUGAUAUUCCAAGCUUCAGACGCUGUUUAUAUUUUAUCAAUCCAGCUGUUAAGUGAAACUUUUCAGUCUCCUUGAAUGGGAUUUUGUGCACUGAUGUGUUGUUUACACCCUGCUCGAGUUUUACUUUUAGAUUGCCUUGAGGUGUUUACAGAAACAAGAGAUCUGCUGUCAGUUGCAGCUUUGUCAGCUGUUCCCAUCCCCACUGAUCACCUGAUCCAAUGAACAAAUGGCAACAGCAACAACAAAUUUUUUUUUGAUAAUGGAAACAAAUGAAAAAGAGGCAUAUAGUUGUAUUUCUUCCUUUGUGAGAGCAGGUCUCUCACAAAGAUCUUGAUUGGUUUACAGUUAAACUUGCUUUUUUUAAUAUAUAAAUGUCCACACAUUGUCAGAAGGCUCAUACAGUAAGAUUUUAUGUUUACUCAGUUUCUCUUUUAAGGCUAGUGCCCCCCCCCCUCCCCCCCUCACAGAAUAAGCUACAUUUAAAAGUCUUCUCUUUUUUCCCUUUACUGUUUCUUUUUCUGUGUGUUGCUUUUCCCAGAAUGGUAUUGCACAAUUUUAUUGGUAGUAUGACUUCCGAAUAUCAUAUCAGCACUUCACCUUUUUGUAUGCAUAUCUCUCAUCUUGCUCAUUGUUAACCUGUUUCACCUAAUGAUGCAAAAAAAAAAA